UCAAUUUUUACAGAAAUGUUUUCAACGGUUCAUGGAAAAAAACACUGGUACCUCCAUUGUUAGUACAUUUGUGCAUUUAUUGAGUGAGCAUCUUCAACGGUUCACUUUAAGUCAAUUGAAAAAUAUAAAGGAAAUUCAAAUAAAUAGAAAGGGACAACUGUCAAAUAUUUUCAUACAAGAAUAUUUCAGAAGCGUUGUUGAUCAAGUGAUCAAAUUUAUACAUAUUUUGUUACCGUAUGGCAUAGAGUCUGUAAAAAACUUUUUGUUGCCCCCUCAACAGUUUAAAAAAGAUAAUUUGAACUUCUUGUUUUCCUUACCGGUAUAUGAAGCGUAUAAAAAUUUUAUAUUAGGACAAGAAAGUGAAGGUUCGAUAAAAAAACACCAAAAAGAAUUGACUAUGCAAGAAGAAUUAGAACUUUUUGGUUUAUUACCUUCCAAUUUUUUCUUUCAUCGUUUUGAUGCAUUGUCUGCAAUAUCCGGUCAAAAAAGCUUCGAUGAGUCUUUGUUCGGGUGUAUCAUAGUAUACCAUCAAUUUGAUUUAUCACUAUUAUGGAAUUCAUUAGAAGAUGUACACUUAAUGCAGACGUGUUAUUUAACAUUUUCAAAUAAUUGUUCAGCAUACACGGGAUCAGUUGAUGAAGACAAGGUAACAAGUGCCGAAACGCACCAUAUCCAAUUCAGCCAAAAAGUUCGUCUAGUGCUAGAAAUAUGCCUUACAUUGUGUCAUAAGAUUCAAAUUAUUAUGAAAGUACCGUCUUGCGCCGAUGUGUAUACAAAAAUGGUAUUUCGACCGUUGGUUGAAAAAGUCUGGAAUUUGCUUAGAAGUGCAUGGAAUGAAAUAGAAAGUUUUUUGCUUGAUUUAAAGAAAUGUUGCUUCAUAUUAGAGACGUUUCAAAUAAUCUUAAAUUGUAUAGAAGACUGUGUAUCGUUUCCUCCUUGUAUUUAUUUAAACAAUGAACUGAAAGAAUGGAAACGAAUUUUAUAUCGAGCUUACAAUAUUUUUGCGGAAUCGAUCCUUGAGGCAACCGGCUUACCAAAUCUUCAAGAUACAUUAAAAUGUCUUGAGUAUUGUCAAGGAACGGAUCAAGUUGUGGAGUUAAAUGAUUUAUCAUGGUUUCCCUCUUACAUGAAAGAGAUAACAAAGUAUUUGAAAUUUGAACCUGGCCGUUCGCAUUUUCUAAACAUAAUUGCCGAAGCGUUUUGUAAGAAAACUGUAGAAAUGGUUUUAUGCCCAAGUCCAUUACUUUAUUUAAACAGCAGGAAAUGUUUAGCUUAUUUUUGUCAAAAAGUUAUGGAAACGUUUAUCUUGAAAUGUGAGUCACAACAGUACUUUCAAAAAAUACAGGAUAUAAUAACAUUAUUAGAGGUAUCUAACAACGAAGCACGUCAGUUUAUUCAAGAAAUAGAACAAGAAAAUAAAAAAAAAGAGGUCAACCACUCAGAAGUUUCAGAUAAUGACAAUGAUGUGCCAACAAUGCGGCCUUUUUUGGGAGUUCAAUUAGUUAUGAAAGCAGAGAAACUUAUUAAAGAAUCGACACGUCAAAUGCUUUCUACUACAAAAUUUAACAAUCCACAUGCAAGUAACUCCAGUACUCUACUUUGUUCUACAGCAUCCUCCCAAAUAUCUCAAUUUUUUUUUAUUAACAAAAUCAAAACGUUAUCAGACGACGAAUGCUAUAUAGUAUUAAAACGAAGACGAGAAUUCGCGUUUUCUAUGUCCAUUGGUUUUUCUUCAAAUUGAGAACAGAUUUGGAACAAAGUGUACAAGGAUGCUUAAGAAUUUCUCGCGCAGGGAGACGGCAUUUAGGAUCAUAUUGCAGGAGUCUACAUAAUCGUUAAUCCCAAUUUUUUUUUUCCUAUUUAAAACUUUGAAAUACAGUACUUGAUUAAUAGAUCAAGC